AUGAAAAUGAAUAAGGAGAUAAAUUAAUUUAAAUGCUAUUUAAAUGAAGCUAACUAUAAUAAAUUUGUGGAUGAUAUUGUAUUAGAUAGGAUAUCUCGUGAAGCGAUUGGAAUAAAAAAUUACAUAAAAAACUCAAUUUUGAAUGAUAAAAAAAUUUUAGAGUAAUUAUUAUUAAAAGUUUAUGAUGAUUGGGAGAAAUAAUAACAGGUAGAAUUAAAAAGAAAAUAAAUAUUCACUUUAAUUAUUUUAAUGCUUCUUAAUUUAGUUAAAAGAAAUGAGAUGUUUGGGGGAUUUUAUACUAUAAAUAUGGAACAUCUUAAGAAAAGUCAAGAUAGACUUUGUUAGUAGAAGUUAUAUUGCAUAGAAAAUUAUAUUAAAUUAUUCUAUUAAAACAAAGAUAAGUUAGUAAAGUCUUCCUUUUCUAGCGAUGAAUAAGUUUAAUUUUAAGAUUAAAUUGUCAGAUUCAUAAAAAAUUAAGUUAAUUCUGAUGAAUAUAAAAAAAAAUUUGAUUCGUUUAAAAAGGAUGACUAAAUAAGCUAAUUAGCAAUAUAAAUUGAUAUAACUUAAAAGAAAAAUGAAGAUUAAGAUAAUUCAACUGUAGUAGAUUUUGCUGACUAGAAUAUAGGAGGAUUAGCAUUAAAUUGUCAUAAUUGUGCUUAAGAAGAAGUAUAUAAAUAUAUAUAUAUCUAGAUACUUAUGCUUAUUUUUCCAGAAGCGAUUACAUCUAUGAUUUUUAUUCCACCUAUGAAAAACAACGAAGCAGUUUUAAUUACAAAUUUAAAAAAAUAUUCAAGCUAUACUGGAUACGAGAAUAGUUUUAAAUAGAAAAUAUAAGAAGAUUUGAACUCAUUCUUUAAUAUGAUUGUAUUUAUUUAACAUAUUUAGGCUAUUGAUGCUUAACCAUUUAAUGGAAAUAAAGUAUAAUUUUAAUAAGAAAAUUUAUAACGAGAGCUUUUAAAAUGUUAUUCAGGUUUUUGUUUGGCAUUAAAAUGUUCUCCAGAGAAUGAGAUAUCAACAGGAAGAUGGGGUUGUGGAAUUUUUGGAGGAAAUCAAUAUUUAAAAAUAAUAAUAUAAAUGUCAUGUUUUGCAUAAGCAAACUACGAAGAAAUUAAUAGGUCUUAAUAAACAAAAAACAAAAAAUUAAUCAUUAAUUGUAACGAUAAUUAAGAUUUAUUUGAAUUUGGGUCUGGAUUAAAAACUUUGGAUAAAAAAUUAAAUUUAAGAAACUUAUAACAUUUAAUGAAAUAAUUGUAAACUUUUAAUUAUUAAAAUGAUCAGUAAUUGAAAAAUUUCAUUUUUGAUGUCUUAAAAUAAUAAGAUGAUUCCAUUUAAUAAAUAUAAUUAAAUGAUAAUUAUUAAAAUUAAUUGAAAGUAAAAUAAGAAAACCCUUAAAUAGUUUAGCAUUAACAAUAAUUGUAAACAGAUUAAAAAGGAUAAUAAAUACUUAUUAAAGAAAUCAAAAAGGAGGAUUAGAAACAGAAAAAAUAAUAAAAAUAUCAUUGA